CUCAUCUACACUCUCCACAAAUCACAUUCCUUCACCCCAAAAUGCACUUCAGAUUCUUCUUCUUCUUCUUCUUCUUCUUCUUCUCCUCCUCCUCAGACUGAUUUUCCAUAUCCAACUCCAAGCUCUGAAACCAGCACCACAACCAGUGCAGAGAAUUUCCCUAUUGAAAAACGACGAAGGUCCGAGAUUAUCAGGAAGAGAAAAUCGACAGAGCUUGCAAAGCCUGACCCACCAAAUUUCGAGGUUGGUUGGAGGAGAACCAAGCCGAUAAACUUUGAGAAGCCAAAAGGGUAUGUGAUAAUGGAUUUCUUGGAGAAACUUGAGGAGUUGAUGGGAAAGGAGUUUGGGUCCACAGAGCUGUUGGCGAAAGCAGGGGAAAUAGUGGCAGAGAGGGCAAGGGAGGAGGCUGAAGUGCUGAGAGAUGAAGGGAACGUAGAGGAGAGGAUGGUCACAGAGCUGUUUAGAGUUUUGAGGUUGAUGGAGAUGGAUUUGGCCAUGGUUAAAGCUGCAGUUAAAGAAGAGACCUUGAAUCAGAGACUUGAACAGGCCAAGGCAAGAUGCAGGCAGGCCAUUCUAGUUGCUAAUUCCUUUUGAGCAGUACUCGGUUUUGUUCUGUCAUAUAGAUGAAAUUUAAUUAUAUAUAUUGUAAAUUCACCUAAGACUGCCUCUCUCUCGUAUGUUUGGAUGUACGUAUGCAUGCACGGACUUAUGGAACAUCACAGUAUUCGUUCUUUUACAAUAUUAGAUGAUUUUCACCUAUUCAAGAAUAGGUGAUUUUAGACCCUUGAUUUUUCCUUCUUAGGCAUCCAGAGAGUUGAGAAAACUUUGUUAGGCAACUUAAUUAAAUUAUACAUUUUUAUAUAUGGGAGAGCAUCUAUGACCGUA